ACUUACGUCACCUACAUUUUCUGUUGUUGCUAGCGGGAGUGUAAACACAGCUAUGCACUUUUGUUAGCCUUAGCCAUGAGCAGACAGUGACAUUUGUAUUUUUUGUUGCUAAAUCAGACAGUUUCAUUGUUCCUCAAUUUUGUUUAAUAACGGCCGAAAUUUUAACGACAGAAAUAUUUUGGUGUGUUUUUUAAUGUAUUGAAGCUAGCUGUCAUUAUCAUUCACAGUAAUAGCAAUCGUUCUGUGAAGCUGGAAGAAUGGCAUCGAUGGCGGCGCGCGAGCCGUGUUCAAGCCCUAAUUCGUUACCAGUCCUCGCAGAUGCUCUGAUGCCGGCGAGCAUAUUCGCUCCAGACCGAGGAGGUUGUGGAGAGGACGCAGUGGAAGAGGGUUCUGAGGACGGCGACCUCUUUAACCGCGAGGCAGGGGAUCUUGGCUUUGACUUCACCAGCAAGAUGGCUCUGGUCAGCCCCAACGGAGAGCAGUAUGACUCGCUACUAAGACAACUCCGGGAGAGGAUGGACGAGGGUUGUGGGGAGACCAUCUAUGUUAUUGGGAUGGGCUCAGAUGGAGGUGACUAUGGUCUGGAUGAUGUUGACAUGGAGGCGUCCGUUGCCACGGUUCAAUCCCUUUGUGAGCAGACCGACUCAGACCUGAUCCUGCUAAGAGAACGCAGUGAAGCGGGAGGGCUGGUACGCGACUACCUCAUCCGCCGGCGCGUUGGUGACCAAGACUUCCUGGAAGUUCGAGUGGCGGUGGUGGGGAACGUGGAUGCUGGGAAAAGCACCCUGCUGGGGGUGUUGACCCAUGGGGAGCUGGACAACGGCAGGGGGUUCGCCCGCCAGAAACUCUUCAGACACAAACACGAGAUGGAGAGCGGCAGGACCAGCAGCGUGGGCAACGACAUCCUGGGCUUUGACCAGGAGGGACAGGUGGUGAAUAAGCCAGACAGCCACGGGGGCAGUCUAGACUGGACUAAGAUCUGUGAAAAGUCCUCUAAAGUCAUCACUUUCAUAGACCUGGCAGGUCAUGAGAAGUACCUCAAGACCACUGUGUUUGGAAUGACCGGACACCUGCCGGAUUUCUGCAUGCUCAUGGUGGGCAGUAAUGCAGGUAUCGUAGGGAUGACCAAAGAGCAUCUGGGUCUGGCUCUGGCCCUCAAUGUACCCGUGUUUGUAGUGGUCACCAAGAUAGACAUGUGUCCUGCCAAUAUCCUACAAGAGACUUUAAAGUUGCUCCAGAGGCUGCUGAAGUCCCCAGGCUGUAGAAAGAUCCCGGUUUUGGUCCAAAACAAAGAUGAUGUCAUCGUCACAGCGUCCAACUUCAGCUCUGAGAGGAUGUGUCCCAUCUUCCAAAUCUCCAAUGUAACAGGGGAGAACAUGGACCUGCUUAAAAUGUUCCUCAACCUGCUCUCUUCUAAAACAUCCUUCAGAGAAGACGAACCUGCAGAGUUUCAGAUAGAUGACACUUAUUCAGUACCGGGUGUAGGCACAGUAGUAUCAGGGACUACUUUACGUGGGUUAAUACGUCUGAAUGACACAAUGCUGUUGGGCCCAGACCCUCUUGGCAGUUUCCUUCCCAUCGCGGUCAAAUCCAUCCACAGGAAGAGGAUGCCAGUCAAGGAGGUGCGAGGUGGACAGACUGCCUCCUUUGCCCUCAAAAAGAUUAAGCGUUCGUCCAUAAGGAAAGGCAUGGUGAUGGUGUCGCCGAGGUUAAGUCCACAGGCAUCAUGGGAGUUUAUGGCUGAGAUCCUGGUUCUUCAUCAUCCAACCACAAUAUCCCCCCGCUACCAGGCCAUGGUGCACUGUGGCAGCAUCAGGCAGACCGCCACCAUCCUGACAAUGAACAGAGACUGUCUGCGUACCGGGGACAAGGCAUCGGUCCACUUCCGCUUCAUCAAGACCCCCGAGUACCUCCACGCAGACCAGAGACUAGUGUUCAGAGAGGGACGCACCAAGGCAGUGGGCACCAUUACCAAGCUGCUGCAGUCAACCAAUAACCUGCCGUCAAACUUCAAACCUCCACAAAUCAAAAUGCAAUCUACGAAAAAGGCACCAUACCGCAGAGAAGAUGGAGCCACGCCAGCCAAUGAGGAGGAAGCGAGCACAGCUCGGCCAGACAGUCCACACCAAUCGCAACAACCGACAGAGGGGGAGGACGACCAUCAAUGUAAGGAGGGAAACAAAGAGAAUAAGCCAAAGUCAGGAGGAGGCAGGAGACGAGGAGGACAGAGACAUAAAGGAAAAUCAACCCAGAGCAGCUCUGGGUUAGCAGUCCCUUCCUCAUUCAGCACUGGGGGGUUCUGAACGACUGCCCUCUCCGGCCAAAAACCACCGGGCCCCUUCCAUCUACUUGUUUCAGAAGGCAACUACUCCCUUCCCAAAAGGGGGGCUCUUCGCAUUGCACUCCUAAACUACUACUCCUAUCUUGUAACCUCCUGCAGAAAAAUGGGUUCAUAGAUGGCCCAUUCCCCUAGAUCCCUACCUUUCUCUUUCCAUUCCACUCUGCUAUCGCCUCAAGUGUCUUUAUCGCACAGCAGAGAAACAGUCUUAAGAUUACGCACAAAAAAAGGAAAAUGCUUCUGAGGAAUGAGACACACCUGUGCUAAUAGGUUUCUUACCGUUCAUUUUCUCGCACUCCUUAACUUAAUCUCUCUGAUUAGUUUAGUAAGCAUCCUAAUAAUAUUGGCAAUGUAUAAACUUGAUAUGCCUACCUUUAUUCAGUCUGUGGUGAGAAUCGCUAAUGUUGUACCUGAUCAUUGGCCCAAAGCCACAACGAGUGGCUUUUCCCUUACAGCUCCAUGCAAUAUAUUAUAAGCAUAUUGUCCAAGAGUUUCUUACUUCCCACUAUUUAAUAUAUAAUAGGCAUGCUGUCCAAGUGUUUAUUUCCUCCCACAAUUCGCCUAAAAUAAAUAUUCCACAAAUGCAGCUACAGCCAGAAUGCUUCUGUAUCUGACAUAUUGAAAAGUUUUAUUUUUAAAUAUUUAAUGUUUUACUAAAAGGAAUGAUUGAAGGAUAAUCACAACUGACACAGCAAAAGGUACAUUUUUGUGGGCCUUUGUUUUAAGUGAAAUAUUGUAUAUAAAAUGUUUAAGUUAAAUAGUUACAAAUAUUGGCCAUCCUGGCCAACAAAACUAGUAGAGAACCCAGAUCUCUUGCAGUUAUAACACCCUGGUGUCCUUGUACUUUGAAACUAAAUGCUUCCUUUUCCACUAAAAACCUUUACAAAUCUUGGUGAGGGUUGUCAAACUAAUUUUGCCCCAGAGGUUGCAUUUUGUUUGCCUUCAACAUGGGCCUUAACUGAACAUUUCUCUUCAUCAGUUAUUUUAUCAGUGCUCCAAGUCUGGUUUAUUUAAAUGAUUAUUGAAACACUGAAAUAAAAGUAUUUACCCACCCAGGCUUGUUGGACGUGGUCAGGGCCUAGACACAGGUUUGACACCCCUUAUCUAUAUGUAUUUCAGAAUACAAUAGAAGUACACAUUUGAUCGUCUAAUUCAAAGUUAUUGAUUGUAAUAUUUGCAGUGCUGUUGGUACCUACAAUAUAGCUGGAUCCAAACCAAGGAAAUUAUGUCUGGGUCAUCAUUGUUUACAAAUGUUAUGGAAUUCAACACAAUUUGCCUGUCCAAUAAAAAAUGCUUCAUUGAUCUCUGA